UGUGGUGCCGCUAGCUGCUCGGUCACUGAGAAGGCCGCCGAGACGGCGAUCGUGUUGGCCGUCGACUCAAUCAUCACUCCGGCGAGUACGCUGUUCUCGCUGAUCCGCUACAUCACAACGGCGGUGACGAAGGCGAGCGAGUGCCAGGACAGGUGCCGAGAUCUGGACAACCGGGUCUGCCUGCUGAAGAAAAUUCUUUCUGGGCUCCACUCGGAGGCGGCGAACGAUGACGCCACGGCGUGGGCGCUGUCGAGUCUCAAGGAGGCCCUCCUCCACGCGCUGAAGCUUGUGCAAUCCUGCGACCGCGCCCAGAGCGGCAUCAUCCGCCAGUUCUUAUUCAUUUGCAGCGCCGAGGAGAAGCACGCUAUGUUUGAUGACGUCAGGAAGAGGAUCGACAGCUGCCAAGGUGACCUCUUGCUCGCUCUUGCUGCUCGCUAUUGCCAUCUUCAAGCAGCCAUCGCCCCGGCAAAAGAGAUCGUCCACAAGCACUACUACAACAUAGACAGUGCGCUGUUCCAUGUCCAUGUCCACCCACGAGGAGGCGCAGGCGCAGCAGCAUCGGGUCCCCAGGUACUACCCGUCAUGCCCCUGCGGCCCGACGAACGGCGUCGUCGACUCGGCGAAGCCACUCUUCCACGCACAGAGACGCCAAGAAGACCUGAAGAACGGUGUCGACACGGCACCACUCUGCCCCUUCAACUUCUUGCUGAUUCCCCUUGGAGGCCAAGUCAUCGUCUUCGUUCUAAUGCCCCGGCGGAGGCAUCUCGGGAGCGGGUCGCCGGCCCCGUCCCACAUUGCGGCAACCGGGUUGAGCCAGCCAACGUUCGGCCGACGAGACCCUCCCAUCGGAAGCCACACAAGGAGACAACAACCGUCCAAGCUGCUCCUCCCUCGGCGCCUACUCCAGUGGUGCCCGACCGUGGACGCGCUCCUGGACCUCGUGCUGCCGCGGCAGACAGACUCCCACGACACAACAACCGUGUCACUGCUGUUGAUGCUAACGCGAUCGCUCGUGCGGUGGCCAAUCCGCAUGGCGAUGCCAACCAUUGAUCAGCCGCCGCAUCCCCCGUGGCCAGACCGCCAGACCAAAAUGACUAUGCAGAUCUGUGAGGUGAGGUACUCCGUCCUUGCAAGUUGCAACAGAAGAAUCCCGCAAGCAAUAAGAAAAGGAAUUUCAAUUCUGAAUUGGUUAGAAAUUGUAAUGGACAUUUUGCUGUAAUUCAGGAGAUCCAGAAAUUUGUCGUUGACAUAAUACACGCUGGUUAAUGUA